CGAGCUUAUGUUAUGCCCUUGUGUGCCUUUGUCAAAUAAGUCCAUAAAAACAUUAAAUUUACACCUCGCCCGCACUACUUCAUCUUCUUUUCAAAAUACAACUUAUCAUUUCGCGACGACAAUUAAUACUAAAAUUUACACCUCGCCGAGAAGGGACUUUCGCCUGUUCCACAGUCGCUGACAUCUCAGAAAGCAGAAGACAUAAAGGUGUUAAUAGACGAGAAGCAGAGGAAGCAGGAGGAAGAGGGAUGGCGCCGAAGAACCAGGGGAGCCAACGAGGCCGCACACAGCGCUUGGUUCUGUGUCUUCUGGCGAUCUGCGCUUCCGGAACGGCGGAUAACGACGUGCGUCCGUCGGAGCACGGCCUCGCGAACCAGAAGGACCCAGGGCCGGCGUCGCCCGCCAUGAUUGCCUUCUUCCGUGCCCGGCCGGAGGAGGAGGCGCUCCCGGAGGCGCAGAACGUGACGUGGAAGGUGACUCCUCCGGGGCCGCAAGAGCGGCGCCAUCCGAGGACGGGCCUCCUUGCCGCCGGCCUGGCUUUCGGUGCGGUCGGUGCCGCAAUUCUCGCCGUGGCGGCGGCGGCGGCGGCGUACGCCGCCCACGCCCGCCGGUGCGGUUCAGGGAGCGGGCCCGCUUGGGCGAUGGGCUCAGCCCGUAGAAGGAGCGGCCCGGAGGUCCGGUUGGGAACUCCGUAGUCGCGCCGUUGGAUUAUGAACUGAGCAAAUCUCGUUCGUUGUUUUAUGUCCAGAGCUAAGUCGAAAGCCUCUGUUGUUAUCGUUUAAUUUUUACUCAUUCGUCAUGAAUCAAGCAAUAAACAAACAGGAAGAACUAUAAAUUAUGUUAAUCCUUGUUAGCCUA